AUGGUGGAACGUUUCUUGGAGCAGCAGCAGGUUGUCUGUGCUGUCCUGGCUGAGGACAGGAAAAAAUGGCAUCUGAUGCCAAAAGACUCAGAUAUUACAGUUUUAGAAACUGUUAAAGCAGUUCUUGAGCCAUUCAGUCCUUUUACUGAUGCACUUAGCGGGGAAGAACAUACCACCCUGUCUUCAGUCUUGCCGUUACUCUGGAAGAUAUUUGAGUGUCUCAGUCAUGAACAAAGUGACUCUGCAUUAGCCAAAGAGAUGAAGGAAAAGAUACACGAGUAUCUUCAGCAUCGCUAUGAUGACCUUCAGCUUCGGUUUCUUUUGAACACUGCAACCUACCUUGAUCCACGAUUUAAGAACAGCUUUGUCUCUCUAAAGGAUGAUGUGAAGCAAAGUCUCCUGGAUGAGGUGUCUGGAGGAUUGUCAAGUAAAGAAGUCAGGCCAUCAAAAAAAUCCAAAAAUCACCUAAAGUUUCUGCUUUCCACCAUUCAAGGGAAAAAGAAAGAAAAAGGAGAGCCAGCAUCCUCAAGUCAAGCACCUCUUUCUGCAAGUGACGAGAUAAAUGGUGAAUUCUUGGUGUACGAUCAGAUGCCUGAGGUCAGUCCUGAGGAUGAUCCACUUAUCUGGUGGAAAACAAAUAUGGGUACUCUACCUCAACUAUCAGAGUUUGCCAGGAAGUACCUUUGCAUUGCUGCAUCUAGCUGUUCAUCUGAAAGAGUGUUUAGUACUGCAGGGUACAUUGUUAGCCCAAGACGCUCAAGACUGAGUCAGGAACAUGUGGAUAUGUUAGUGUUUCUAUCGGAAAAUCUGGAAAUUGCAAAGAAAGUAACUUAA